GCUAGUAAGAGGAUCUGUAUAUGAAUGUGUGUGUGUGUAUGUGUCCACAUCUGUGUUUGGCAGACGUCUGGAUUGCUUUCUCUCCUCUUUUUGUGUGGAUGUCUCUUGGCCUCUUUUUUUGCUCUCCUGCCAACUUUUCAUAGAGUCAUAGUAGUCUACGUUUUUAUUUUUGUUUUCAUUGGCAAGUCCACAUUUGCGCAGUUCAGUAGAGCAGAGGUCAGAUUUGACAGUAGGAAUGAUUCUCACUGUGGAUGAAACGUUUUCAAACGGAGCAGGUUUGAACUCGGAUGCCGGGGGCUUUGGAGAAACAGGGGAGGGGGCAUCCGAACCUGAUGAGGGCGCAAAUCCUUCUGGAGCUAUGCAGCAGGUGUUGGAUAACCUGGGCGAGUUGCCCUCCACCACCGGGGCUAAAGACAUUGACCUCAUCUUCCUCAAAGGCAUCAUGGAGAGUCCCAUCGUCCGCUCACUGGCCAAGGCUCAUGAGCGUUUGGAGGAUGUGAAGCUGGAGGCCGUGCAGGAGAAUAACGUUGAGCUUGUGACUGACAUUCUGGGUGACAUCAGUGGUCUGAGUGUGCGAGAUGACAGUGCUGCCGAGCUCUCCAAAAUCCUGCAGGAGCCCCAUUUCCAGUCUCUUUUGGAGGCUCAUGACAUAGUGGCAUCAAAGUGCUAUGAAGCCCCGGCCCCUCCUGAACUGACCAAUGAUGCAGCAGUAAACAACGCUCUAAUGCAGGCUGAUGCAGUCAGAAUGAUUGGGAUUCGCAAGAAAGCAGGAGAACCUCUGGGUGUGACCUUCCGAAUGGACAAGGGUGACCUGGUAAUCGCUCGCAUCCUCCAUGGAGGGCUGAUUGACAGGCAAGGGCUCCUGCACGUGGGUGACAUCAUUAAAGAAGUGAACGGGAAGGACGUUGGCACUAAUCCCACUGAGCUGCAGGAGAUGCUCAAAGAGUGUAGUGGAGGAAUAACACUCAAAAUAUUACCCAGUUACAGAGACGCUCCAGCGCCACCACAGGUGUACGUGAAGCCGCAUUUUGACUACAGUCCAGCCAGCGAUAAUCUAAUUCCAUGCAGAGAAGCAGGACUUGCUUUCAAACGGGGGGAUAUUUUGCAGAUUGUCAACCGAGAAGAUCCCAACUGGUGGCAGGCAUGUCAUUUAGCAGAAGGAGGCACUGGGCUGAUUCCCAGUCAGUUUCUGGAGGAAAAGAGGAAAGCAUUUGUUCCUAGAGACCUGGAUGGGGCAGGAAUCCUAUGUGGAACAUUGACUGGGAAAAAGAAGAAAAAGAUGAUGUAUCUCACUGCCAAAAAUGCAGAGUUUGACCGUCACGAGCUUCAGAUCUAUGAGGAAGUAGCACGUAUGCCACCGUUUCAGAGGAAAACCCUCAUUCUGAUUGGAGCGCAAGGAGUGGGCCGCCGCAGCCUGAAAAAUAGACUAGUUGUACUGCAUCCCACCCGUUUUGGCACCACUGUACCCCACACAUCACGACGGCCACGCAAUGACGAGAGAGACGGUCAGUCGUACAGAUUUGUGACCCGUCUCGAGAUGGAAACUGACAUCAAGGUGGGACGGUACCUGGAACACGGAGAGUACGACGGAAACCUCUAUGGUACUAAAAUCGACUCCAUCCAUGAGGUGGUGAACACUGGACGCACAUGUAUCCUGGACGUCAACCCUCAGGCUCUGAAGCUGUUAAAAACAGCAGAGUUCAUGCCGUAUGUCGUGUUCAUCGCAGCCCCAGAGUUCGACACGCUGAAAGAUAUGCACAAAGCCGUGGUGGACGCAGGACUGACCACCAAACAACUCGCAGAUGUGGACUUGAAGAAGACAGUGGAUGAAAGUGCUCGUAUCCUGCGGGCUUACAGACACUACUUUGACCUCAUCAUUGUCAAUGACAACCUAGACUGUGCGUUCGAGAAGCUGCAGUCAUCUGUGGAGGAACUGUGUACUGAACCACAGUGGGUUCCAGUGAGCUGGGUUUACUGAGGACACCUUCAGAACAUCACUAUGUGUGUGUGUGUGUGUGCGUGUGUGUUGAUAUCUGAGAUGAUUAAUGUGAGCCAGAGUGAAGAUAUGUAUGUGGAUUGACCAACAAAAUGAGCGUCAUCCCACAAAAGCACAGUUUGCCCCAACCUCCUUUUUUGUGAACACAAAGCAAUGUUUUUUUCUACUCAAACUCAAAGGGAAGAGUACUUAUUUAUUUUAGUAUUUGUAUGUUUUUAAAAUAACUUACUGUUUUGGAGUCCAAACGAUGAGAACCUUGGCUAUCCAGAGGCCACAUUUUUUUAUUUAUUAUUGUAGUUGUUUUUUUACACGUGUUCCUGCUCUUUAAUUUUUGUAGUUCCUGAAUGUACUGUGAUGUUUUGAUUCUUACUCAAAUGAAGGACUUACCUGACAAGAGUUUACCAGGCCAAGGGCUCAUGUAGAACUUUAUAGAUCCUCAAACCAUGAACCGCAAAACUGUUUACACCCAGCAAGCACUUUUUGUUUUCAAAAGAUGUCUAAAAGAUCUCUAAUAGAUGUCAAAUAGACGUCUAAACAUAACUGUCUCUGCUAAAACAAGGCUAAAUUUGGGCUGUCAGUGAAAACCGAAUAGACAUUUAAGAAUAGGCCAAAACUAGACUAGUCAUCAAAUAAACAGAAAUUAUUGACCACACAUAUAAAUUUUGUCUAUUUAACGACUAGUCUAGUUUUGAGAUAUUCCUAGAUGUCUAGUCGGUUUUCAGUGACAG